CCAAACCACCGAAUCUCUACCAUAUGCGAAACUAUGUCGACAUUUUUCUCUCUUUUGAUCACACUUUCCACAGCCGUCUGCUAUACAAAUUGUGCGCUGGAAACCAGAGAGUGGCGUAGUUAUCGUUCUCGAAGCAAAACGAUUCGACGUGAACCUACGAUAUUUAGGGAUCCGUGUCUCUUUUUGAUUUCGAUAAAACCUAAUUUCCCAAUUUCACACACCCCAUGUCAGUGCUAGAGGAACUCUUCCCUCUGCUUUAUUCAGAAGAAUUUAAAGGAAAAUUUGGGACGUUAAAAGGUUCAAUUCUCAGGAAUCUUUCAGACUCCAUGUCAAUCGAUAGUUGCAGCGAGUUACCUGACCUUGACUCAUGCCGGAAUGAGAAGGCGGCUCUCAUCCUUAAAUUCGUGGCCAUGGCCUCCAUCCUUUUAGCCGGAAUAAUUGGAGUAGCCAUCCCAUUGAUCGGAAAGAAACGUAAGUUUCUCAGAACAGACACCAAUCUCUUCUUUGCCGCCAAAGCCUUCGCCGCCGGUGUAAUCCUUGCCACCGGAUUCGUCCACAUGCUACCAGACGCCACGUCAGCAUUAACCCACACAUGUCUUCCCAAAAACCCAUGGUCAAAGUUUCCUUUUUCUGGUUUUAUCGCAAUGAUGGCUGCUUUGGGUACAUUGCUCGCCGACUUUCUUAGCACCCAAUACUAUGAACGGAAACAUGAGAAGCAAAUCCAAGCUGUGAGAGUCGAGUCAGUUGACAUGGCUGCAGAGGCCGGGAUAGUUCCGGUGGCCGGAAAAGAAGACCACCACGGGAAGGUGUUUGGAGAAGAGGAUGGGAGCGGGAUUCAUAUCGUCGGCAUGCAUGCUCAUGUUGCACAACAUAGACAUAGCCAUGCAAGUGGCCAGGAGGGAUGUGAAGGGCAAGCGAGUAAUUUUUCCGAUGUCGAGUCACAUUCCCAUAUGCAGUCUCACUCACAUGGACUCGAUAAUGAUGAUGAUGACAAUGGCAUACGUCAUGUUGUUGUUUCCCAGGUUUUGGAACUUGGGAUUAUAUCACAUUCGAUUAUCAUCGGACUUUCGUUAGGAGUUUCACAAAGCCCAUGUACAAUCAGACCAUUAUUAGGGGCAUUAUCAUUCCAUCAAUUCUUUGAAGGAUUUGCACUUGGUGGAUGCAUAUCACAAGCCAAAUUCGGGAGCCUUCAUUCCAUAGUAAUGGCGUGUUUUUUUGCAAUAACUGCUCCUGUGGGUGUCGGAAUUGGAACUGGAAUAUCAAAGUUUUAUAAUCCUAAUAGCCCAAGAGCUUUAGUGAUUGAAGGAAUCCUGGAUUCCAUUUCUGCUGGUAUAUUGAUUUAUAUGGCUUUGGUGGAUUUGAUUGCUGCUGAUUUCUUGAGUAAGAGGAUGAGAUGUAAUGGGAGGCUUCAAGUGGUGUCUUAUGUUGCACUUUUUCUUGGAGCUGGAUUAAUGGCUUCUCUUGCAGCUUGGGCUUAGAUAAUGUAAUACUAGUAAACACCAAAAAUGUAAGAAUUAGGGAAAUGAAAAAGUAAGCUUGCUAAAAAUAUUGCAAGUUAAAAACAACAAUUUCAUUCGGAAAUUUAAUAUAAUUUACCACUUGUUUUUAUAGAAA